CUGACUAACUUGUUACAACAAACACAGGAAUGAACAUGGAAUCUGUACCAUCCAACAGUACCGCCACAGACAGGAUAAAUAGUGCGCUUGCAACACUUAAGAGUGAUAUGCUUGACCUGAGACAACAAGAUGUCCAGUUGAUGCAGCAGCUUAUUUGUAUUAACGACAACAUCAAGGCACUGACCAAACGAAGACCUAAUUCAGGCAGACAACGCAUAACGAAACAAUCCUUGCUCAACGGGCGACGGAAGUUUAUUAAUCAGAAUGAAUCGAUUCCAGAAGAAGAUUCUAGUUCUGCAGAUUCGGACAGUGACGAAAGUUUGUCUGGUAUUGAAAAUUAAUCCAUACAGUGUUUACAAAACUGUUUCCGAGUUAUUGAACUUUAAACAAAUAGGAAAACUUGUGCUAAAAACAA